CUCUUCAAAAGGGCUCCGAGGAGGUCCGAGCAGCCCAACCUUGCUGAAGCACUAGCCUUCUCCCGGCCUCCUUCAGCGAGUCUGUGCUUGCUUUCCUGCCUGCUUUCUCUUCCCUUUCUGGCUCAGCUUGGGACAGAGGCUCCUAUCAGAGCAGGCUCAGGUCUUGGAUUUUAAUGGCAGUGAUGGAAAAACAUGAGAAUAUUUCCUGGAUCUCCCAACAGGAACUGGAAGAUCCAUUCAAGAAAUUCCCAAACAACACCGAGGACUACCUAACCUUGCUCUGCGGGCCUCAGCGCAGCCACCUCUUCCUCCCGGUGACUGUGGUAUAUGCAGUGAUUUUUGUGGUGGGGGUUAUUGGCAAUCUCCUGGUGUGCCUGGUGAUUCUUCGGCACCAGACUAUGAAGACACCCACCAAUUACUACCUCCUCAGCUUGGCUGUUUCCGACCUCCUGGUCCUGCUUCUUGGGAUGCCCCUGGAAGUCUAUGAGAUGUGGCGCAACUACCCCUUCCUGUUUGGGCCGGUGGGCUGCUACUUCAAGACGGCCCUCUUCGAGACCGUGUGCUUCGCCUCCAUCCUCAGCGUCACCACAGUCAGCGUGGAGCGCUACGUGGCCAUCCUCCAUCCGUUCCGCGCCAAGCUGGAAAGCACCCGGCGGCGGGCCCUCAGGAUCCUCGGCGUCGUCUGGGGCUUCUCUGUUCUGUUCUCUCUGCCCAACACCAGCAUCCAUGGCAUCAAGCUCCACUACUUCCCCAAUGGGACCUUCGUCCCGGGCUCUGCCACCUGUACAGUUAUCAAGCCCAUGUGGAUCUACAAUUUCAUCAUCCAGGUCACCUCCUUCCUCUUCUACAUCCUCCCCAUGACUGUCAUCAGUGUCCUCUACUACCUCAUGGGGCUCAAACUGAAGAAAGACCAACCCCUUGAGGCAGAUGAAGUGACCACAAAUAUUCAAAGACCAUCCAGAAAAUCAGUCACUAAAAUGCUAUUUGUCUUGGUCUUAGUGUUUGCUGUUUGUUGGGCCCCAUUCCAUGUUGAUCGGCUCUUCUUCAGCUUUGUGGAGGAGUGGACUGAAUCCCUAGCUGCUGUGUUCAAUCUCAUCCAUGUGGUAUCAGGUGUCUUCUUCUACCUGAGCUCAGCUGUCAACCCCAUUAUCUACAACCUACUCUCCCACCGCUUCCGAGCUGCAUUCCGGAAUGUGAUCUCUCCUUCCUGCAAACAGCGGCACUCCCAGAACCAGACACAGGGGCCACCUGUGCAGCGGAACAUCUUCCUGACAGAAUGUCACCUUGUGGAGCUGACUGAAGAUGUAGGUCCCCAGUUCCCUUGUCACUUGUCCAUUUGUAAUUCUCACCUCCCCACAGCUCUCUGUACUGGACAGGCACUGAGAAAGGAACUCUCAAAGAGUUGACAUUCCUCUUGCCUCCACACUGCAGGAAGG